UUAAGUGUGUGUGUGUAUACCCGUGACAUUGAACGGCAUGUCUCUGCACGAAUGGUACCGGAGACGGGAGCGGGGGCUACCACCUCGCAUUGGCGACACCGACAUGAUCCACCGUACCCUGUUCCGGUCGCUGCAGCCAAAGGUGCUGCCCGACGAAUUUGCACCACCCUACCGGUACGGCCAGGACGUUGGAGCUAUCUGCAAUCUGGAGUUUUCGCCGGAUGGAUCCGUUCUGAUUGCUGCGUGUGAGCAUAAAUCAAUCGUGCUGUACGAUCCACUCACAGAAAAGCAAGUCUGCACUGUCGAUAACGCCCACGAAGGGAGUGUAAAUUGCAUCAGGUUCGUGGACAAUCGUACCUUUGCCAGCUGCUCGGAUGAUACCACGAUUGCACUAUGGGAUUCGCGUAAUCUGUCCACCAAGCUGCGCACGCUAAACGGUCACAGCGGGUGGGUGAAGAAUAUCGAGUACGCAAAGCAUGCGGGCGUACUCAUCUCAUCCGGGCUGGACGGUGUAGUGUACGGUUGGGAACUGAACAACAGCACCGAGCAGGGGUGCACUUACCAACGGUUGCUGCACGUGCCGGGACUGAUGCGUUGCCGGCUAGUGCCAGAUGAAACGCGCCUAGUACUGUGCACGACCAGUGGUUACCUGAUGCUGGUGCACGACCUAAACCUUGCCAGCAUUGCCGGAGAUCUCGUCAACUUUCGCCCAAACAUUCACCGACUGAGCUUAAUGCGUAAGCAACGGAUCACAUUCACUGCACGUAAGAGUCCUACAAUCGCCCACAGACGAAAGCGAAAUCGUGUCGAGUUUGUGAGCGAUUUUCCAACCGGCGACGAUGCGGAAAUGAUUAGCGGUUUAACGAUACAUCCUCAAGGCUGGUGUGCCCUUAGCAGAAAUAUUUCCUAUGAUGAAAGUACUGAGUGGUCUGUAGUACAUGAUAUACAAAGUUGGAGUGAAGAGGAUGAUGAUCCCUGCAUGGAUCAAGAGAACUUAGAUCCAGAAAAGGAAGAUGAAUCCGAAGCUGAACAAGAACCGCAACCUGAGCGAAGCAUUCCUCUCAGGUUAGCAAACGUUUUUUUGGGCGACAGUAAAAGAACAACCAACGGCACCGUUCUCAACGAACCGACCUGGUGCAAUAACAACACCACACAACGGAAUGUGAUCAACAACGUAUUUCCUACUCAUUCGGGAGCUUCGUGCCCAAGCCUCGCACACACACCACACUUAAGACUGCCGCCCAACAACGGAACCAAUAUGAAGGAAUGCGAUGCCGCGAUCACCACCACCACCAUCCGCAACGACGAGAAGGUUGUAUGGCCACGGGACAUGUCCGUAGCUAAGAAACGUACAGACAGCAACCUGCCAGCAAAUGGUACCCGUCUGCUGUACUACAUACAGGAGUCGAAAAAGGUGGAGGGCUAUAUGCGGGAGGCGUGCUUUUCUCCCGAUGGACGGGUCAUAUGCUCACCGCACGAUGAUUACGGUGUGCGGUUGCUGGCGUUUAACGAGCAUUGCAAUGAGAUGCAUUACGCGAGACAGUACAUUAGCAACGGCAACGGACCGGAGAUCCUACGAGAGCUACAGUACAAGCCGUGCCAUCCGCACGUGGUAAUCAGCAGCCAGUUUAGUCCACGGUUUCCAUUGCUCGUUACCGGCUGUUUGAUGGGGAAUGUUGUUUGGAAUCUACCGGUGUUAAGUUAGAUCGUA